CGCGGGCGCACCGUGUGUCAAUGGGGAGCGCCGGCUCGUUGCGGUGCCAUUUUGCGUCCGACCGAGAAGUUGCCAGAGCGUAAGGAGGAUGGUGCAUCUUGCCAGCCUCGCCCUGCUUCUGGCCUCGAUGGCCACAGCCGACUUUGUCGCGAACGUGACGACCAAUGUCCCCACGCUGGCGCCGACGCUGGCGCCGACGACCGUGCCCAUCAUCACGAUUGCCCCCGUGACGCUACCGCCAACCACGACACCGGCGCCGACCACAGACACGCCGUUGCCCACGACCGUGACGGUCACGCCGCUGCCAACGACCAAGACCGUCGCGCCCGUGACGACGCCGGUGGCCACGACCGCCACGACAGCGCCGGUGACCACGACGCCCAAGCCAACAACACGGGCGCCGACGACCAUGCCUGUGGUCUCGUCGUCGUCGUCGUCGGGCGACGCCGAGACAGCCGCGCCAACGCAGUCGGAAGCCGCCGCCAAGGCUGCAGCAUCCUACGCCUACGCGAACACUCAGAGCUACAACGCGACGCCCAGUUACAGCAACGCCAAUGUGACGCCUGGGUAUGCCUCCAACAAUGUGACGCCGGCGUAUGCCUCGAACCAAACCAGCUUUGGCGGGGCACCCACGUACGCCAACCAGCCGAGCUUUGGCGCGACCAGCAACAACCGCAGCUUUGGCGGCACGGCCGUGCCCAUGUCGCGCUACCAGCAGCAGCAGCAAUACGACACGACCAACUACAGCUCGCAGCAGUACUACCCGCAGACGAUGCAGACGUCACCAGGCCCGUACCGUGCACCACCGGCGCCCGUGGCUUCGUUCCGAUACGAAGAGCCGUCGUUCGCGGAGAGCACGUACGAGUUCAACGACUCGAUGGCGUCGCGCGACAGCCAAAUGACCGACGUCUACCGGUCGCCCCGCAACCGGAAAUCGUCGAUCGAGCUGUAAGCCUUCCAGACACCACCCCCUUUGUACAGACCAUAUCCUAAUUCUAGUAAAUAUCAACCAGUGUAGUUAAUUCCUAAGCACGAAAUAAGUCCAAAUAUAUGGCAACAAG